CGGGGAGGGGGAGGGUGGAAUGAGUCGGAGACUGCGCGUGCGCGGUCAGUUGGGUCCGCGCGAGCUGUGGCAGUUUGUUUUCUCCUCUCGGGCCCGAAGCACGUGAAUGGCGCUACGUCACGGGCGGAGGCGGCGGGAUCAUGGCGGCGGCAAAGAUUGUGUAUGAACAUGAUGGUGUGUUUCUUCAUUCAUGUUCUGAAAGAAUUGGUGAACAAGACACGCUACCAGGAAUACUUCGGAUCAUUGAUAAGGGUUCAGUAACCGUAGUGGACUGGUCACCAGUGGAUGCAACAUUAGAUUCUUCAAAUAUUCUUUGCGCAGGAAAGGAUUCCAGUUCAGUAGUCGAAUGGACGCAAACAGCCCGGCAUUCAGUGAAUCAAAGCAAUUACGAAGCUGAAUGGGACAUGCUUAAUAUCGUAACCUUCAAAAAGAAGCCCUUUGUAAAUGAUGAUUCAGCAAGUCACGUAUGUGGUAGAAAUAAAUGGGCGUUCUCCUUCAGUCUACCUGAUCUGAAAUCUAUCAAAAGAAAUACAGAAGGCAUGGGCUGGUCAUAUUUAGGAUUUUGUCUUCGGGAUGAUACCUCUCUUCCAGCUCUUCAUUUUCACCAUGGAGGCAGCACUGCUCUGCUGGAGUGCCUUAAGAAAUAUAUUCCACUCAUCGAAUCAACACAUGAUAAUCGAGUACUUCUAGUUAGUUACAACAGCAAGGCUCUUUCUCAGUCUUUUGAGAACCUGUUUGAGGAUAACGCUCUUGGCUUAGUACAUAAGUUCAAGAAGGAUCCAUAUGUAACAACAUUAGGAAGCUUUUCCAAAGUUACAAACUACAUUCUGGAUGCUUUUCGUAGUCCUGACGUAAUGCCCCAACAAAGACCUGCAUCCGAAAUGGAUAUUAAUGAAUCAAUUCCAGGCCUUGAAAUUAAUCACCAGGAAGAACCGGGCUUUGAAGUCAUCACCCGAAUUGACAUUGGGGAAAGGCCUGACAUUCAAAGAGGAGAACCAGUUUCUGCUGAGAAAUGGUCAAUGAAUAUGAAUCCAGAAGGGAAAAUCCUAAAUCCUGAUAACUUGAAAAAGAUCAUAUUCAAGGGGGGACUUUGUCAGGCAGUACGAAAAGAAGCAUGGAAAUUUCUUCUUGGAUAUUUUCCUUGGCAUAGUACAAGAGAAGAGAGAAAACCUUUACAGAAGAGAAAAACAGAUGAGUACUUCAGGAUGAAACUACAGUGGAAAUCAGUCAGUGAAGAACAAGAACAAAGGAAUACAAGAUUGAAAGAGUACAAAAGCCUUAUAGAGAAAGAUGUAAACAGAACGGAUCGAACAAAUACAUUUUAUGAAGGUCAAGACAAUCCUGGGUUGAUUCUACUGCAUGACAUAUUGAUGACGUAUUGCAUGUACGAUUUUGACCUUGGGUAUGUCCAGGGCAUGAGUGACUUGCUUUCUCCUAUUUUAUACGUUAUGGAAAAUGAAGUGGAUGGCUUUUGGUGCUUUGUGGCCUUUAUAGAACAAAUGCAUUGUAACUUUGAAGAACAAAUGCAAGGCAUGAAAACAGAAUUAGUCCAGCUGAGCACUUUACUUAAAUUACUAGACCUUGGGUUCUGGAAUUAUCUUGAAUCACAAGAAUCUGGAUAUCUCUACUUCUGCUUUAGAUGGCUUCUGAUUCGAUUUAAAAGGGAGUUGACCUUUCAAGAUACUCUUAGGCUUUGGGAGGUUUUGUGGACUGGAUUGCCUUGCCAGAAUUUUCAUCUUCUGAUAUGCUGUGCUAUAUUAGAUUCUGAAAAACAGAAGAUAAUGGAAAACCAUUAUGGCUUCAGUGAAAUUUUAAAGCACAUCAAUGAACUUUCCUUGAAACUGGAUGUAGAAGAAAUGCUUUGUAAAGCAGAGGCAAUUUACUGCCAAAUGAUGAAGUGUAAGGAGUUGCCACGAGCUGUUGGUGAUAUCCUGGGCUUGAAGGACAGCACUAAUGGAACUUCUGACUGUGAGGCCACUACAUCUGAGAGAGCCUUUACGGAAGAAUCUUGUAAGAUAACACAAAUGGACAACUCAGCUACUGCCUUUACACACAGAAAUGAAGACUCAACGGGACACAGAGACCCUCCUCAAAAUGGCCAUGCAAUGACACAUAUAUAGUGAAAAUAAACAUACAACUGUGGAAACCCA